GAUCCUAAAGAGGACUUCCUUAAGUUAAAAUCGCUUUCAGGAGAAGAAAGUGGCAGAGACACGUUGACUCAGACCAGAAGAAUCAUCAGAAAUUCGGGAGGACAAGUUAGUUCCACUAAUAAUGUCGAGGAAAUAUCUGACUUUGUUAUUAACUUCUUCCUAAACCAUAUUCGCGCUCUAUUAACGCCCUUAAGAAGAAAAACACUAAUAAUACAUUAAAUUAUUCAGAGCAACAAACUGAGGCCAAAAUCAAGUUAGACGUAGAACAGGCCAACUAAAUUCCUUUGUUAACUUCGUUAACCAAGUUCGAUCCUUUUGACAUCUAAUUUAGCAUUGUAAAAAGAAUUCACAGAAACAUGAGCCUCUACUUGUGACUAGAAUAAAAAGCAGGUAUUCCUUUCCAGAAUGUUUUUCAUCGACCCUAGUUUAACUGAGACGUUUAAAGGAAGCGUAAUAAUACAGCAAUACUAAUAAUACGCAUUUAUUAACUUACAUUUUUUUAAUUAACAGAGCCUACAAUCUUCAGCUGAGUAUUCCCAAACCGUUAUGAAAACAAAAGAUGGUAGAGAUAAAGACAUUCAAGAUAAACAAGGAGUUGAAACGGAUUUCAAAUACAGAGAAGAGUCAUUUAAAGAUGCACCUACACCAAGCAACAACAUAAAAGGAAGUCAGCAGACACUAUUUCUCAGGGAAGAUGAAAAUAAGCAGAAGGCUAAAAUCACUGUUCACACAACAGAAGAGGAAAUGACAAGUAACAAAGAGCUCACGCCCGUAAGUGUUUGGUGUGGUUAUGAAAUUACGUGAUCCUUUUAUAUCUCGGGUGUCCCAAAAGUUUCGUUCCUCUAAUUUCAUGUGUUAUAACUUUUGAUCAAAACUUUAUUCUUUCAUGAAAUUUUAGAAGGUUUAAUAAUAUAACAUUAACUGUGUCAAUUUAGCCACACACAUUUUAUAAGUUACAUUUUUUAAUUAAUAGAUCCCGCAAUCUUCAGCUGAAAAUUCCCAUACCGUCAUGAAAACAGCAGAUGGUAGAAAUAACGGCAUGCUAGAUAAAAAAGAAGUUGAAACUGAUGCCAAAGACAGACAAGAGACAUUGAAAGAUACACCUAUAUCAAGGAACAGCAUAGAAGAAAGUGAGCAGACGCUAUUUCCAAGGGAAGAUGGAAAUAAGCAGAAAGCUAAAAUCACUGUUCACACAAUAGAAGAGGCAAUGACAACCAACAAAGAGUGCACGCCCGUAAGUGUUUGGUGUGGUUAUGAUAAUGAAUGAUUCUUUUGUGUACUAGACUUUUUUGGCGCUUUAGUCAUGUUCUUGCUUCCGUUUACUCUUGACUGAUAUAUUAGAUCAGAGGUCCUAAGAUAGGAAAACGUCGCUUUAUAAACAUUGAAUUCGAAUUGCUUGAAACUUUAUUGCACUUAUUCCAACCGAACUAUUUCAUUUUUUCACAUGUUGGCAAACUUCUCUGGGGUUUAAUUCGAAAAGACUGUAUCGAAGUUCAGUAAAAGAAAAACAAAGUCGUUGUCUUGUGUUGACGUUUUGGCAAAAAAACGUGAAUUUAGGCCGCAUUUUAAUUUCGCGGUAUUGCAGUGACGGCAAAGAAAUGUACAAAAAAGCAAUAAUCAAGUGCAAAGUUGUUUUUUGUCAAUCUCAGGCUAUUAGUGUUGCUUUUUUCGAGUUCUCGUUGCCGUUCCUGUCGUCGUCGUCGUAGUUGCUCAAGCUUCCUAUUCUUUACAAAAGAGUUCGCUUUGUAAAGGAGGUUAACAAGACAAAUACUUUCUUGUUCACGUCAUUUACAAAACCCCGGAAAUUGGGCUCUUAGUGACGUCGAUGCUGUUGCAAUGUACAAAAAACCGUGAUGUACGUGUUAAGUUUUUGUUUUGCUAAUCUAAGGCCCUGUCCACACUAAUGCGUUUUCAAAAGUAUGCUUUUUGUUGUCUUCGACAACUUAACGCGUCGAUUGAUUUGCGUCCUCACUACUGUUUUGAUGCGUUUUCGACUGUCCAUAUUAAGAAGUUUGAAAACGACAGACUUGCACUUUGAGAACUAACUUGAACAAUGUGCGCAUCCUACAAUCACACGCCUGCCAUAUUUCGUCUGUCUCUGAAGGCAUAGUCUAAUUUUUCUUCCACCACCCUAAAGAGGGCUUUCUUAAGUUAAAUUCGGCUUCAGGAGAAGAGAGUGGCAGAUACACGCUGACUCAGACCAGAAGAAUCAUCACAAAUUUAGGAGAACAAGUUAGUUCCACUACUAACGAGGAGGAAAUAUCUUGAGUUUCUUAUCAGCUUCUAUAUAGAUUACUUUGAAUAUUGAUCCGAUUCGAGUAACAUACUAAGGCCUAGCGAAUCAAGUUAGACGUAGAACAGGCCAACUAAAUUCCUUUGUUAACUUUGUUAACCAAGUUCGAUCGCUUCAGAUAUUUAAUUCAGCAUUGGCAAAAUAAUUCACAGAAACAUGUGACUCUGCUUGUGACUGGAAUAGAAAGCAGGUCUUCCUUUCCAGAAUGUUUUGGUACUAUUGUUUAACCUGAGAUGUUUAAAGGAAGCGUAAUAAUACAUCAUAAACUGUGUCAAUUUAGCCACACACAUUUAAUAACUUACAUUUUUUAAUCAACAGACCCUACAAUCUUCAGCUGAAAAUCUUCAAACCGUCAUGGAAAAAACAGAUGGUAGAGACAAAGACAUUCUAGAUAAACAAGGAGUUGAAACGGAUUUCAAAUACAGGGAAGAAUUAUUGAAAGAUGCACCUACACCAAGCAACAACAUAAAAGGAAGUCAGCAGACACUAUUUCUGAGGGAAGAUAAAAAUAAGCAGAAGGCUAAAAUCACUGUUCACACAACAGAAGAUUCAAUGACAACUAACAAAGAGCGCACGCCCGUAAGUGUUUGGUGUGGUUAUGAAAGUAUUUGGUCCUUUUAUAUGCAGGUUGUCCCAAAAGUUUCGUUCCUCUAAUUUCAUGUGUAUUAAUAAUAAUAAUAAUUUAAUAUUUAUAUUGCGCAAAAUACAUGUAAAUAUGAUCAAAUGCUCAUUACAUGAAAGUAAAUUAUCAACAUUAAUAAGUUAUCCAAAAUAACUAAAAAUAUUAUACAAAAAAAAACCAUGGAUCUAUAAAAAUAUAAUAUAUACAUAAUCCUAAAAAAAACCCGAAUAAAAAGCUAAUCUAAAAAAAUGGGUCUUAAGUAAACCUUUAAACCUAUUAAAAUUGGGCUCAUUUCGUAUUUGUGAUGGUAACCCAUUCCACAGGUUAGGCGCUGAAGCUAAAAAAGAACGGUCACCCAAUGUCUUUUUAGUUAAAGUUCUUGGCGUUUGAAGCAUGAUUCCCAUUGCACACGAUCUUAAAUUGUAUCUCUCUUACUCCUUUUUGCUAAUGAGUUCUUGUAGAUAUACCGGAGCUUUUCAAAACUUUAUUCUCGCAUGAAAUUUUAGAAGAUUUAAUAAUAUAACAUUAACUGUGUCAAUUUAGCCACACACAUUUUAUAACUGACAUUUUGUAAUUAACAGAUCCUGCAUUCUUCAGCUGAAAAUUUCCAAACCGUCAUGAAAACAACAGAUGGUAGAAAUAACGACAUUCUACAUAACAAAGAAGUUGAAACUGAUGCCAAAGACAGAGAAGAGACAUUGAAAGAUACACCUAUAUCAAGGAACAGCAUAAAAGAAAGUGAGCAGACACUAUUUCCAAGGGAAGACGAAAAUAAGCAGAAGGCUAAAAUCACUGUUCACACAAUAGAAGAGGCAAUGACAACCAACGAAGACGUCACGCUCGUAAGUGUUUGGUGUGGUUAUGAUAAUGCAUGAUUCUUUUGUGUACUAGACUUUUUUCGCGCUUUAGUCAUCUUCAUACUUCCCUUUACUCUUGACUAAUAUAUUGGAUCAGAGGUCCUAAGUUAGGAAAACGUCGCUUUAUAAAAUUGAAUUCGAAUUACUUCAAACUUUAUUGCACUUAUUCCAACCGAACUAUUUCAUUUUUUCAUAUGUUGGCAAAUUUCUCUGGGGUUUAAUUCGAAAAGACUGUAUCGAAGUUCAGGAAAAGAAAAACAAAGUCGUUGUCUUAUGUUGACGUUUUGGCAAAAAACGUGAACUUAAGCCGCAUUUUAAUUUCGCGGUAGUGCAGUGACGGCAAAGAAAUGUACAAAAAAGCGUGAUCAAGUGCAAAGUUGUUUUUUGUCAAUCUAAGGCUAUUAGUGUUGCUUUUUUCGAGUUCUCCUUGCCGUUCCUGUCAUCGUCGUCGUCGUCGUCGUUGCUCAAGCUCUCUUUUGUUUACAAAAGAGUUUGCUUUGUAAAGGAGGUUAACAAGACAAACAAACACCGGAAAUUUGGCUCUAGGUCACGUCGAUGUUGUUGCAAUGUACAAAAAACCGUGAUGUACGUGCUAAGUUGUUGUUUUGCCAAUCUAAGGCCCUGUCUACACUAAUGCUUUUUGAAAAGUAUGCCUUUUUGUUGUCAUCGACAACGCGUCGAUUGAUUUGCGUCCACACUACUGUUUUGAUGCGUUUUCGACUGUCCAUAUUAAGAAGUUCGAAAACGACAGAGUUGCACUUUGAGAACUAACUUGAACAAUGUGCGCAUCCUACAAUAACACGCCUGCCAUAUUUCGUCUGUCUCUGAAGGCGUAUUCUAAUUUUUCUUCCAGCACCCUAAAGAGGGCUUUCUUAAGUUAAAUUCGGCUUCAGGAGAAGAGAGUCACAGAUACAUGGUGACUCAGACUAGAAGAAUCAUCACAAAUUUAGGAGUACAAGUUAGUUCCACCACUAAUGAGGAGGAAAUAUUCUAAAUUUCCUAUCAGCUCUCUAUAUAGACCAGAUUCGAGUAACAUACUAAGGCCUAACGAAUCAAGUUAGACGUAGAACAGGCCAACUGAAUUCCAUUGUUAACUUCGUUAACCAAGUUCAAUCCCUUUGAUAUUUAAUUCAGCAUUGGGAAAAUAAUUUACACAAACAUGUGCCUCUGCUUGUGGGUGGAAUAAAAAGCAGGUCUUCCUUUCCAGAACAUUUUGGUACUAUUGUUUAACCUGAGAUGUUUAAAGGAAGCGUGAUAAUACAUCAUAAACUGUGUCAAUUUAGCCACAUACAUUUAAUAACUUACACUUUUUAAUCAACAGACCCUACAAUCUUCAGCCGAAAAUGUUGAAACCGUGAUGGAAGCAACAGAUGGUAGAGAUAAAGACAUUCUAGAUAAACUAGGAGUUGAAACGGAUUUCAAAUACAGAGAAGAGUCAUUUAAAGAUGCACCUACACCAAGCAACAACAUAAAAGGAAGUCAGCAGACACUAUUUCCAAGGGAAGAUGAAAAUAAGCAGAUGACUAAAAUCACUGUUCACACAACAGAAGAGGCAAUGACAACUAACAAAGAGCGCACGCCCGUAAGUGUUUGGUGUGGUUAUGAAAAUACGUUAUCCUUUUAUAUACAGGGUGUCCCAAAAGUUUCGUUCCUCUAAUUUCAUGUGUUAUAACUUGUGAUCAAAACUUUAUUCUUGCAUCAAAAUUUUAGAAGGUUUAAUAAUAUCACAUUAACUGUGUCAAUUUACCUACACACAUUUUAUAACUUACAUUUUCUAAUUAAUAGAUCCUGCAAUCUUCAGCUGAAAAUUCCCAAAACGUAAGGAAAACAACAGAUGGUAGGGGUAAAGACAUUCUAGAUAAACAAGGAGUUGAAACUGAAGCUAAAGACAGAGAAGAGACAUUGAAAGAUACGUCUGUAUCAAGGAACAGCAUAAAUGAAAGUCAGCAGACACUAUUUCCGAGGGAAGAUGAAAAUAAGCAGAAGGCUAAAAUCACUGUUCACACAAUAGAAGAGGCAAUGACAACUAACAAAGAGCGCACACCCGUAAGUGUUUGGUGUGCUUAUGAUCAUGCGUGAUCCCUUUGUACACUAGACUUUUUUGACGCUUUUGUCAUGUUGUUACUUCCCUUUACUUUUGACUGGUAUCUUGUCGUAGACGUCCUAACUUUGCAAUAGAGAGCUUAAGCAACAACGACGGCAUUAGUUACGAUUACUCCACUUCAUUAAAAGUGAAUUCGAUUUGCUACAAACUUUAUCGCACUUAUUCCAACCCAACUCCUUCAUUUCGUCAAAUGUUGGCAAAUUUGUUCUGGGGUUUAAUUUUAAAAGACUUUAUUGAAGUUCACGAAAAGAAAAACAAAGUCGUUUCUUGUGUGUUCGCGUUUUCCGCGAACGUGAUCUUAGGCCGCAUUUUGACGUCGCAGUCUUGCAGUGAUGGCAAAGAAAUGUACAAAAAAGCGUGAUGCACGUGGAAAGUCGUUUUUUGCCAAUCUAAGCCUAUUAGUAUUGCUUUUUUACCGUUCUCGUUGUCGUUACCGUCGUCGUCGUCGUUGCUUAAGCCCUCUAUUGUUCAUAAACGUGUUUGCUUUGUUUCCAAGCGAUGCUUUUUUCGACUUAGAACGCUCGGAGUAUAAGUGUGGCCCGGAAGGCACCAACGCUUCGAAAUGUAUGCGUUUUCAAACGAAAACGUAUUAGUGUGGACGGGUCCUAAACCUAUUACUUUAUUGACGUUUUUGUUGCCGUCACCGUCGUCGUUGCUUAAUCCAGUUCCAGGACUAUUUUUCAUUCUCUCCUGGAUAGUUUAAGAUUGCGAAGUCAAGAAAAAAAAGUGGGGUGAAAAAUCAGAAACUUGCCUAUUGUCAGCAAGUUAGCUUGAUAUAGACUGCAAGCAGUCUUGAGUUUGCGUUGAUGGAGAAUGAGAGUACUUGCACGGUACUAAUUGUUGUUAUAUUAUUAACCUCAGUUACUUUCGGAGCGUUUCCCAUAACAGAGCUCAGCCGCGCCGCGGAUAGGUUUCUGUGCCUAUGUGAACGGUUAUUCAUACGAGCUGAUAAUAACCUGUCCGGUAUAGUGUAUAAAGACAUCACAUUAGUCUCUGGUCGAGGGAUAACAACAUUUGGAUUUGUGAGUGAAUAUGCCUAAGCCGCGUCCGCUAACACCUAUUUCAUUUUUUCUUCCUUUAAGACACUGUAGUUCCACCUUAAUUUACAUUAAAACAUGUACAGCUAGUGCUAAGGGAAGAUAAUAUUACACGUAUUUUAAUGAUUAACGACUAAUGUGAGCAAUGAACUGAAGACAAGGCCAGCGACCUUUCGUUUUUGUAAUAACAUGCUUAACAUCUCUCAGGUUAACACCUCGCUGCAUGCGCUCUUAAUUUCUUUCAUUAGGUACAGAGAACAUCACUAAGUGGUACAAGAGAUGUUCGGUUAAUUUCAGCGGAAAGAUUCUCCAGCGGCAAGGGCACGGCACGUGAAGCACAGCCUGCUAACCAUGACUCUUCGUAUUCCCUCACUGAUAAAGAUGGCAGCCCUGGCACUGGAGUUAGCCCCAGCAUUGAUCAUUCAACCUCUGCAAGGUAAGUGAAAAAAAUUGACUUCGGCUUAUUUGGAUAUUUUAAAUCGCUGCUCAGUGACCUUUGUAACUCUAUCGCUUUAUGGUUGAAUUAUAUUUGUUUUCAUCAGAUGCUUUUUUUAUCAUCUGUUUUUUUAGUUAUUGAUUUACAUUUCUCCAUUUUUCUAUUUAUUCAUUUAUUUAUACAAUCAUUAGAUGUUUUGUUACAAUAUUUUUGGGCACAAUCGUUACUCUAGAGCGAAUCAGGUGAUUCCGGACUCGUUAAUGUAUUCUCUCAAAUACUAGAGAUUAAAACAACAGCUUUUUUUUCUUUUUUUCUGAUUCUCCGAUCGUUCAAUGUGAUGUCGUUGAUAACGACGAUGAUCAUAAUUAUCGUAAAACCUUAUUUACUUCAUUGGAUAAAUCCAAUGGAAAGGGUUUACAGGAACAGUUGUGCUACCUAAAUAUUUAUCAACUUAGGUCGGAUAAAAGUCAUAAAACAGGACCAAAUUUUAAUGCUGUGCUGACAAAGAGCAAGAGCAGUUUUCUCUCAAUAUUACUCUUUUUGUCCAUAUAAUUAAAGAGGCAGCACUGUCAGGGUUCCUGCAUAGAAUUAGCCUCAUUUAAAAAAACCUUUGUUAGACCAGACAUCACAUUCUUAAGUGUAAUCGCCGUGUACUAUUUGGCUGAAACAACACUAUUAACAUAGUAGCAUUCAAAUGCGAGUUUCCCGGCCAAAUUUAAUAAAUGUGGCAUUGUUUAUUAAAUUUCUGGUUAAGAGUGGGGAACUCGAGUUCGUAAAAGUGACAAAUGACGAGGAAAUUUUUCACCUACAAAAGCGGCUGAAAAAUUCCAUUGAGAAGGCCAGUUAUGACACAAGCGCAGAUCCUCUUCUUGAGUAACUCAACUGGAAACGGUUGGAUACUCAGCGACAAAUACAAGUGGCCACCAUGGUCUAUAAAUCUAUACAUGGUCUUGCGCCCGACUAUCUUGGUUCUCUUUUCACUAAAUAUAAUCCACCUUAUAAUUUAAGGAACUCUGAAAACAAACUAGCUGUUCCAUUGCCCCGCACCAAUUUCUUGAAAAAUAGCUUUAGCUAUAAUGGUGCGGUUAUCUGGAACAGCUUGUCCCCUGAAUUGCGGCAAGCAAAAUCACUUAAAUCUUUUCGAAAUGGUUGUCGCGAUUUCUUUGACUGAAUCGAUAAAACGCACACGGCAUCUAUGUAAAGCAGAAUUUCUUUAUUUUCUCUAUUUUUACUAUUUAAAUUUUUAGAUCAUGUUUAUAUAGAUUAAAGUAGAUUGUAAUUUUUCUUCUUAUUAUUAUUUUAUCUGAUAGAUUUACCGUGUUUAAAUAAAAAUAAAGUUCAAGUUCAAGUUCAAGUUCCACAUUGAUGAGUCUCGGCAUCUUUAGAGAGCAAAAACAUCCGCUGCAUGACAAAGACUCAAAGUUUGAAACUCAAAUCCAAUGUCAUUUUGUCCUCGUGAGCUAUCAUUCAGUUAUACUUUUUACAUGCAUGACUAAAAUUGAGAUAAAUUUGGAAAUAAAACGAGAUAAUAGUGGGUAAAACAAGGUAUGCUUCUCUUUUCGCACCAUCACAAGCAAACUAAUCGAAACUUCCGAUUCCUAACCAGUAAAGUUUGAGUACUAGCAUUUUGUAUGAUUAUUUUAUUUUAAUUAACUGGUAACUGGUAGCAAAGUGUAUAUCUGGUUUAUCUGUUUGUUUAAGUCUGACCGCAUCAUGUUUCAAACAUUGAUUCAAAAAUAUGGUUCAGCUAAACUGGUUUAAAGGACGGCGUUCUCCAAAAGCCAAAUGGUACUUCGAGUUUACUAAUCUACAAAAGCGAAAAUUAUCGUAAUGUUCGCUUUAUUAUCUCAGAUUUCCGAUGGCUUAAGCUAUCGAAAAAGGGUCGAAGAAAAUGUAGUUACUUUUAAACAUUUUUGUUUUUCUUCCGAGUCGCCUGUGUCACUGACUGAAAAUCAUCUUUCUCACUUUAAAACAUGUUUGAAAAAAGCACUUUGGGCUACUGAACGUAGAAAGUAGCGCAGCUGUUAUACAUUGCUACUCUCCGAUAUUCACAGGGUGUUUCAAAAGUUCGUUCCGAUUUUUUCUUUGCUCAAAUUUCACUGAUUAUUAAAAAUACCUUUUGCAAAACUUAGUAUGUUAUUCAUUAUUCAUUUAACAUUGAAUAACCGAAAUAUCGCUAACCAGAAUGUCCUUCUUUGUGUUUUCUGACAUUUUCUAAGUGGUGAAGUAUAGAAUGUACGAGCUCCCAAAGUGUGUCUAAAGACACACUUUUCCAGGCGAAGCAUAGUCACUGCCUUAGCUCGUCGAGUUAUUUGGGGGCUGGUUCUUUGUAUGUUAACUAGUCAACGAUAAUUUAGAUGGUCUCCAGAGGGUUCACAUCACGUGAGUUCGCUAGCCGGUCGCCCUUUGCUAUAAAGUUUCCAAAUCCUUCUGACAUCAUGUCUGCAUGUGCGCCGCCUUUUUCUCUUCAAGGCAAGGCUUUCCAACCUUUGAUGGUCAUAUAUUUUCAUACCGUUGUGCUCGAAACCUUGAUAUUGGGAAUUUGAAGUUUUUUUUUUUACCUUUGUGUCGUGUAGAUGUAUUACGCAUAUACUUACAGUUUUUUCGAUAACAUUUCUCACACAUUGAAAAAAAGACGGCCAUACACUCCUUGUUUUGUCUUCUAAAGUCUUUACUUUCGACCACUUGUUCACUUUUAUCAUUCAGACUUUAGUCAAAAGUUUAACAAUUUCUUUGACUGAAUGGCCAUAGAACCAAAAAAAAUAGAUGCCUCAGCUGUAGGGCAAACAGUGUAGGCCUUCAUUUUCGUGACAGAGUGAAGAAAAUUAAAGACAACGGAAAAAAGACGAAAAUAGAAAACCUAAAAAAUGGGUAAGAAAAAUAUGACGGGAAAAACCUCGCGUACGUGCACAUUUGGGGCAAAACUUCAAAAAUAUUAUAAUUUCUUCAAAUUUUAGUUUGAAAUUGCUUUGAACGGUUAUUUGGAUAAAUGUCUUACCUGAAUCAGUUUACAUUUGCCUAAAGGAGCAUUAAAUGCUUUGCGCAAAAUACAAUUUACAAUCGGAACGAACUUUUGAAACACCCUGUAUAAGUGCUCCCUUUAAUCUAAUCACUAAUGAACUGACACAUGCACUGAUCUACUAACACAUACCGGUGAAGACAAGGAAAUUGUUGAGCGGGACAUGUCUUUACAACAUUCUCCCUCUUUAGCACUGAGUGCAACACACCGAAAAUUGUGUGUUCUAUGGUCAUUGGGACGAUCAGGAUCAGGAUCGACCAUCCUAGAUCACUCAGAUCAUGGUACAUCAAAUGAAUCAAUCAGUCCUUUCCCAGGGUGGAUUCAUCUGUUCCUUUGAUGUGAUGCCUAUCCAGAUCUUUCCAAUAGGACAUAAAUUCAAACCCGUUGAAUUUCAUGUAAAUUGUUUCUGGAACAGAAUUUUCUCCGUGUAUUGUCUAUAGGGUACUUCGACUUGUCCGGCCUCAACAAUAUUGACUGGAUUGUCUCCAAGUAUGUCCCGGUGUCUUAGUUCGUAAGAAGAUCUGAGUCACGUUGUUUCGUCUUUUUUUCUGAUUUUAUAUACAUUUCUGUUCUGGUGGGUUGUCAACAGGUCCAAUGAGUUAGUGGAUUAUCUAAAGAAGAAGUUUGAUACCGUGGAUCAAAGCCUAUCUGAUUUGGAAUGCAGUGUUAAGCACUCAGCCAAGAAUUUCAUGGACUUGAAAUCCACUAAGAAUGCUUUGGAUGAGUACAAGGUAACAAAGCAUCUUUUCUUCCAAUGGAAGAUUAAGAUACCCCCACCCCUCCCGCUCCCUUAAUAUUAGGUGAAUUUUGUAUACCUUUUUCAAAAGUGACCUUUUUUGCAGAUGUGAUUUCAAGUUAUGUAAAUUGUAUGUCCUCUAUUUCUUUUUUUUAAAAUAACCUAUCAUCAUUCAAUUUUGCAGUUACCAUGCGACAUAUUUUCAACUUAUUGUCUAAAGAAAGUGUGGCACCUGGAUUUUGCGCAAAAAAGCACCGAAAUCAUCUGUUUUUCACCGAUAUUUCUAUAAGGAUACUCGUCUUUAGUAAUAACUCCAUUUGAUAGAUACGUAUUUAGACUACAGGCUAAUGUGUUCUGUGCCCAUUCGCUAUAGAUGUCACCAAGGCAGCAUUCACACUUGCUACCCGGCCACAGUGCACUAAUGUGAACACACUUUUUUUUUAAGUACCUACGCUAGAAUUCGGGCACGGUGCCGGUGCCUAAGUUAAGAUUGAUCCCUUGUACUCAGAGGCAAAAAGUGAGCACCGGUAACUUGUGUGCACAUUUUUUUUGUACUUUUGAGGCAGUCCACUGCUUUGUACUCGCUGCUAAGAUUACGUCUCAAAAAUGGCGUUUAACUGGAAAUAACUAUGUACACAGUUACAUAUCGGGUACUCAGGGUGUGAACACAACACCAUUUUGUACCUGUACCCAGGCACUGGUUCCCGGGCACCAAGUGCGGACAGGCCCAUAGAAGCUGGAUAAUUUUCUUUUUAUCUGAUUCGUAUCUCAGGAGGUACUCAACCAUUUUACGUCAGUAGAAUCUGACACAUAUCAUGUUCUUGAUGAAGGAAGACAAUUGAUAAAAGACGCACGCUUUGACAGAGCACAUGGGGAAUACUUUCAUGAUAGAAUUGAAGUAACAGCCAUAAGGAUCAGAACUAUUAAGGAAGAUAUUAACAGAGAGCAUCAAAGGUAUGCCCUAUGUUCACUGCUUCUUAAGAGCCUUUUGUAUCACACGUGUUGUAAUCAUCUCUGAUAAUUCCAUCGUCGUUUCUUAGAAAUGAGUUCAAUAGUUUUUUUGUUUCAGGAUAUGACUUGUCUUCUUGCAGAUGGCACUUAACUAGAGUAUUAAACAAGUAACACAAUUUUUCUUCUCUUGUUUUUCAGGUUGUUUGAUCUAUAUCUUAUUUUGCUAAGACAGCACUUGGAACGGAUGAAUGAUUGGCUAUUGCCAGCUGAGUCUCGAAUAUCAUUGGAUGAUGUGAUAGAACCAACCUAUAAGAGAGUGCAACAGCAAGUCUGGGAGCAUCAGGUACAUGCAUGUGUGAUUACUACAUAGGCGGUAAGGGAGAACAUGCAUGGUUAAAGGCCAUCACGUAAUGCCCAAUUAAGACGAAGUACGUGAUAUUCAUUCACUAAGUGAUCCAAUUCUCAUACACUUGAAAGUGGCUUGCUCACAACUCACUUGUUUGAAAAUAAAGGAUACAGUGGUCUUCGCAUUAUGUACUGCAUAGCAGUGAAACGUUUACUUUCACCAGGAUUAAUUGAAUUAUUAAAAAUAACAUAAGCCUUUGUCAUCUGAGACUCUUGCUAUUAAAUAUCUGAGAUAUCUCUAAUUAAAAUCUCUCUGAUAUUGAUAUAAAUGUCUGUAAUAUGAAACUCACCAGUACAUUUCUAUAAACCUGUAGAGUGUAGUAAAUUUGUUUAUGAAGCUCCAGUUGAACGGUCAAUUUUCUUAGAAAAAGACGCCGUUGAACCGGCGAAGUGUCUCCAUCCAGGACGUUUGUGUCCCAAAAAAGGCAAGAAAAUGAUUGAAGAUCAAAAGGGGGCCAAUUUUACAAUGUGGCCGUACGUGUCUUAAAGUUGUCCGUUAAUAGGGAAUUGACUGUGUGCUGCAGUUAUAUUAUUAUAAGUUGGCUAUAAAAUGGCUGCACAAAUUUCAUGUUUCUGCACUGCUGUUCUGUAGGUUUUUCAAGAAGAACUGUCAAAUUACUCCAUGGCAAACGUGAUACUGGAUAUGGACUUGGAACACCCAGCUUUGGAUGAAAACACAAGGGACUGGGUCAAGGUAUUUUCAACAUAAAAAAGCUGUAUUGUUAGACCACAUUCCACCCCUCCCCCCCUCCCUUCUCCCCCUGAGUACAUUCAAUACAGUGGGCUAUACGGGAAAAAUCCGCCCUACAGGAGUUCCUUUUUCAGGCUUCAGGUAUAUGAGGAUUCAUUAGUAUAAAGGAAAGAAAUUUUGUAAAUUUGGUCUAUAUAAAGGAAUAACAUGUGCAUUUUACGGCUGUGAAUAACUCGAGUCUAGUGACAUCUUAAAGAGGGUAAAUUUACAGCGCUUAAGGUAUGCGAAAGGAGUAUCAUUUGUCAAUAGAAGGUGUACAUAGGAAAGGGCAGAUACCCUUUCCGCCAAAAAUGAAGUAUCACAGGGUGAGGUGUUGGACCUCAGGGCGUAGCCCCCUCUUAUGAAACUUUGUUGAGUACCCGCCACGUUUGAAACACUAUUUCACAAGCAGGUUUAUAACUACAGGUAUUAAGCGAGCGUUGGGCGGCUGUGUGGAACUGGGCGGAAGAGUGGAAGGAGAAGCUCAACCAGGCUCUUAUUGUUUGGCAAAAUUUACGUGAAGAAGAGGCUGCAUUGCUUUCCUGGCUUGCAAGCAAAGAACAAACCUUUGAGUUAAUUGGAGAAACAGAUAUCACCAAUGAAGAACAAGUUACGAUGCAUUUAAACCUGUUCGAGGUAAGAACAUUUCAUUUUGGUUAUCUGUAAUCUUUAUCGAUUCUCGACCCUUCACAUGAAAAACCCAAAGUCAUUUUUCUUUUCGUGUCCUCUUCUUGAGGCCGAGUGAAAUAGUCUUCGUUUAAAGAACCAAGAACUGAUUUCAGAAUUGUUUAUGCCUUUAAAAAAACUUGGAUGAUUUUACAUUUGGGGUGACCAUCAAAAACUUUUCAUGAAAAGAGGUUAUUUGUGGAAUAAAAGUCGAAUGCCUUUGUUCACGUCAUUAUGAAUAACAACAAAAUAAUGUUAAAAUCUAUAAAAAGUGGUUCCACACUUAAAAAGCUAGAUGUUGCCAGUUUUUAAGAACGAUUAUCAACAAUCUUUAAUAUAAUUCAUUUUCGCCAGUUAGAGGACGUUUCCACAGCCCCAGGUUAUAAGUAAUUGUUAAAAAUUUUAAGUGCGACGGAACAGUGUUGCCUGAUUUAGGGUUCACUUAACUAGCAGACUGAAAUUGGCGCGUCUAAUGCGUCCCUCUUCACUUUGUCUCUCAGACAAUGGAAAAAGAAAUGGAAAGCCGACAAGAGGAACGAUUAGACUCAUUGCGUGAGACCGGAGAAAAGCUGAUCAAAGACGCUGAGUACCAUGAUGCGACAGCUAAGGGGAUCCGUGACCAGGUGAAUGACUUGUGCACUUGCUGGAAGGACAUCACUGAAUCGAUUAAGGAAAGGAAAGCAAUGGUAAGUGAUGUGAUUGGCCAUUAUAAAGUAACCGCAGAAUUAUCCUUUUUGUCAUGCACAUCAUCAUCAUCAUCAUCAUCAUCAUCAUCAUCGUCAUCAACGUUAUCAUCAUCGUGAAGUCGAUCUGGAUCUGCCUUUAAUUUUUACGAGCAUCCUUCACGUUUUCUUAUCCAACCGACAGUCGAUGAAUGUUCUUACUACCGUGUGGCACGAAAGCGGAAGCCUAUUUUUGAUACGAGGAUUGGCGAUUGGCGUGAUUUUUUGUGUUUUGCGGGAACUAAGUUUUGCGAUUAGGUAAGAUUGGUUUUUCUUACUGGAAGCUGGUUUUUUUGCGAAAGAAAGAAAGUCCCGGACAAAUCAUUGAUAAUAUUUUCGUCCAGUUUUAUUGAUUACGUGCAAUGGAAAUACAUAUUUUAAAACAACACUACGUUUUGCGUACCUUAUGUAAAACCAAUAAAAUAGACUACUUUUCUUUGUCGUUCGAUUACAAAAACGAACAGGCACGACUACUUUAUUUGCAUUGUGCUUUUGUGUAGCGUAUUUAAGUUAGAGGAUAUUUGCUCUGGAGUAAAUUUUUGCUCGAAAAAUCUUUGCGGUAAUUUUUUUUUUUUUUCGCGGGAAUUUAUUUUGCGGAUCGGUGGAAAAAUCGCAAGCACCGCAAAUAUUAGAACCCGUAAAAAUUUUGUGCCACGCUGUAAUUUUGUGCCACGCUGUUUUUAUGCUAUUUAACGGUCAAACGGAACAUAACUUAAACAUUUCGGGUAGCUAUGCAGCAAUAGCCGGCAAACUUGCAGUGCUCAAACGACCGUAAAAAAACGUUCUGAUGCCCUGUUUCAAAAUGAUUGCGUCCAGAGCAAUACUGUAUUGAGCUUAAGCGAGGCAUUAUGGAUUGGUUUUCAUACAGAGUAAAUAAUAUAAGUCGAAAGCAUAAUCUCGGAACUAUGACUAGAUUGCUGUUUUCAGUUUGCUUGCUUGUUUUUUUUGUUUGUCUGUUCGUUUUUGUUGUUGUUAUCGUUUUGUUCGUUGUUGUUGAAACCACAGGGCGUCCACACAAUCUGUUUGUGUGAUCGAUUCUUAUUUAUAGUAAAUGCCUUGGAUUUACCGUUUGCUUCCUAGCUCUUCCUCUAUAGCGAUAUAUCGCUAAACAUGUGUAUAGAUCAAUGUUAAAUAAAUGUUGUGUUGCCUUACCUCCGGUAUAUUGUCGCCCUUUUCACUCAAAAGAGCUGUUUUGAGAGAUUUGGAAGGAUUUUGAGUUCGCCGUUUACUGUUCCUCUGAGGCAAAAGGACGACAUUAUUUUAAAUUCUAUUUCAUUAACUUGGCAAAACAAUAAGAUAAGUGACACUACCAAAAAACAACAACAACAACAACAACAAAAUGUACAUAUAAUCACAGGAGUACAGGCGGGGACACUGCAACGGCGAGCGCCAAUUACAAAAAAUCAAAAACUAAUCUAAAAACAACAGGUGAUGUUAGAUAGUAUUGCAGUUUUUACAUUUUUCUUAGCGAUCUGUGUCUUGGGCCCGCGGUAAUACCAUACGCAAGGUAAUAUAACGUUUAUUUAAGAUUAACCUAUAUGCAUAUUUAGUGGUAUAUCGCCAUAGAUGAAGCAAACCGAAAAUCCCUUACAUUUACUAUUAAAUUACAACCGGUUACACGGGCGCCCUGUGUUCAAACAUGGACUAUUUUUUGUAUUCUAGCUUCUGGAAUCCCAAAACAAGGUGAAAAGAAUGGGAAUUUUAAUGAAAGAAGUCAGAGCUUGGUUGGACGAGGCAGAAAAAUUCAUCAAGCUCGCUAGUUUGCAAGAGGAUCCACAAAAAGAAACCGAGAUACAAGAAAAGAUUGAGGUCAGAACAAAGAGCUAUAAAAUAAGCUGACAUUAUUUUCAGUUACAGAUUACAACUGCAUCCAGUUUUUGCGUUAAGGUAGAAUAACGCAACUAAAACGAAUAAUUCAUAAAGAAGAAAAUUAAAAGAAAUUCAUGUUUAAUGAGUGUCUUUGUAUCUGAUAAAGACAAAGCUAAACUUUAAGUCCAAUUUUUUAGACCAAAAUAACCCAAAAUCUAAAUAUUAGUGUAACAAUGAGAUUUUGAAGCCGUUCAAUGAACUCGCAGUCGUUAUUAUCAGGUCUAAAAACACUCGGCUUCGCAUGGAAUUUAUAACCCUGAUUAUACACCCCUGCUCGUUUUUGAAACAGUACUUGAAAACAGCAAUACCAUCACCGGGGGUACAAAUCUUUGCUUCUAGUGGAUUUGCACGUGGCUAAUCUCGCUAGAACAGUGACUCCAAUUGAAUAGCCAAAAAGAAACAAAACAAAUCAAAUAUACCAAUAUAUAUAUAAACAAAUCCAGGUAAUUCACCGUUGGAUCCAGAACAGUGCUCAACAAUUAAGGAGCGGUUUAACAGUAAAUAGACUACUCAAUAUGAGCACAUAUGGAUUUUAAUACAGGUCUGUUUCGUAGACCAACAAAAAGUUGAUCCACUCAUCAGUUAAACCCCAUGCACACAGAAGCAUCACAACGGUUAACACAGCAACAUGAUCGCGUGACAUAUUUUUGCGGUUGUCAUGACAGAGGCGUUAGGGGUUCAACUGAUGAGUGGAUCAACUUUUUGUUGGUCUACGAAACAGACCUGUAUUAAAAUCCAUAUGUGCUCAUAUUGAGUAGUCUAUUUAUAUAUAUAUGUGCUCAUAUUGAGUAGUCUACAUCUAAAGUUAACGCUUCAUUAACGCGAAUUUCAUUUAAGUUGUGUUAAUUUCUUGAAACGUUAAUUUUCGCGCCUUUAAUUAAGUGGAGAGUUAUUCCCGCAACCUUUGUAUUCAUUAUUUUGAAUACACUUCUGACAUUCUUGACGCCUAAGAAAGAGAAGUAUUCUAUCAGGGUGGAGAUCCACCAUUAACAGUGAAACAUUGAAGAAGAACCCUUGAAGUGGCCAGAUUUAAUCCCUGGACCCCCUUUGGUACGUUUAAGGAAAUUACUGCGAACAUAGUUUCCAUUUCAGAUUAUACCUUUAACUUUGUUUCUCUUGUCUCGAAGUUUUGUUUCUUUGCGAGCCUUCCGUUAAUUUUGCGUGUUUUUUUUUCUUGUUGUUGUUGUUGUUACCCUCCCUUUCGCAUUAAAUUCUUUAUAAUUAUGAAAGUCGCUUUCCACUAGAUUCGCCUCAAUUCCAGUCGCGUUAAUUUCCAAGACCUUAAUUUCAUAAAGCGUUAAUUUCCUAUAAUAAGGUACAAGGUCUACCUAGACUGCUCCGCAGACGAAAGUAAACUUCUGGUUAAGUAUAUGUCUGCGAAAUAGCGCCAAAAUCCUCGUUCUGGGCCUCCACCCAAAUAUCAAAAUUUGAGAGCCCGCCAUGACUGGCCUGUUAAAAAUCUUGUUGUCGAUUUGUCGGUCAAGGAAAUUCGAAACGCAUUUGCGGUAAUUCGUUGAGUCCGAAAAGGCUCUGCUUCGCAGAUGUUACUAACCGGAGUUGGAUUACGUUUGGGACAAAUGCUAGGUACACCGUAUGUGAACAUUCUCUGAUCUAUUAUUUAAAAUAGAUUUAUUUUUAGUUGCUCAUUUACCUUGUUAAUACCGCAAAUACAUUUUUUAUUAUCAUCUCUGCAGAUUGAAUGCAAAGAAAGAGAAAAAAAUCAGCCUAAGGUUGACGAAGUCAAAAGGCUGGAAGACUUGCUCAGCAGUGAAAUCGACAAAAAGUCAAAUUAUUAUUUGAAAAGAGUCACCAAGCCGUUCUACAAGAGGUGGAAUGACGCUAGUAUGGCCCUUAACAGAUAUCGCAAUGAAGACUACCCGUUUGUCAAA